AUGACUGAGGCAUUUGACAUUGAUUAUCCCAUGAAAAACUCCGUUUUUUCUUCUGUUUGGUAUGUUGGUUCUGCCAAUGGAUUGAUUUGUCUGGCCACAGAGAAUAAAUUUCCAACAAAUUCAGAAGCUGAUUUAUAUGGUUGUGGAUAUGAUGAGUUGCAUGAAGAUUAUAAAGUGGAUGUAAUCAACGUCAUUUGUGAUUAUCCUCAGUAUAGUAAGAUAAGGAUUUACAGUCUGAAGAAGGAUUGUUGGAGAACAGUAAAGGAUUAUCAGGGGUUUCUGAUGGAUUGUUCGGCCAAGUUUGUCAAUGGAAAGCUUUAUUGGUGCUCAUCUGCAACUGAAAAGGUUGGUCAGUAUAAGGACUGCAACAUUAUUUCUCUUGAUUUAACAUAUGAGAUAUGGGGAAAGCUUGAUGCUAUGGCUAAAGAAAUAAGGAAGCUGACCUUGGCUGCAAUACAAAGUGAGCCGCAUGCAGCACGUGAUAUAUGCGGAAGAAGACACCCUACUCAUGAUGUCAAGCCUCAAUUGAGGAAGUAA